CUCCGCACCCCGAAGUGUCGGGAAUGACGUCUGCGGGGAACAACCCCAACCCCUCCCCCUGUCCAUCCCCACCGACGAACGAGCCGAGGUUCAAGCAGGGCGACGGACCACUUGUCAGUCGACAAUUGACAAUCCGCCGGCUCCACCAUGGCCCCCAAUCCCAUCAUCUCCCCGUCGUCAUCCUCGCUGUCGCUGCCGUUGCUUCACGCGCCUGCGCCUAUGCCUACGCCCACGCCUGCACUUACACGCUGAACUGUACAUGCCGGUAGAAUCCCGCAACUGUUGAUUUGCUCGUCGCCGCAACGAAGCCAAUUGACCUCUAUUUCUCUCAUCUUCCCUCCGUUCAUCCGAUCCGAUCCGACUGUUGGCCAGCACCAGACAUCACGCGGCAAUGUCCAAAACAUUCACCAAGGCCGACGUGGCCAAGCACACGGACGAGAGUGAGGGGCUGUACAUUAUCGUCGACACGGGCGUAUACGACAUCACAGGCUUCCUCGACGAACACCCCGGCGGCGCCAAGAUCCUCAAGCGCAUGGCCGGCAAGGACGCCACCAAGCAGUUCUGGAAAUACCACGGCAAGAACGUGCUCGACAAGUACGGCGACAAGCUCAAGGUCGGCACCCUCGCCGAGACGGCCAAGUUAUAGAUGCCUUGCCUGCCUACCUGGUGGCUAUGUCUGUCUCUGUCUGAGAGGUGGGGGGAUUCCGUGGUUAAGGGAUUGCAUGUUUUCUCUCCUCGGGGAAAGGGAGGCCUCGGGGAAAGGGAGGGGGCCUUGAGCCUCGGUGUCAGCAGCCCUGACGUCAUAGGGAGGGAGUGCAUGUGUGUGUGUGUGUGUAUACCCGAGCGGGCGUUGCAGUCGGAGACGCGGAGCUAUCUGGGAGUUGAAUAUUUGGCUGGUGGGCAGAUAGAUAGCAGUGUCGGGCUUGCAUAGUUUCUUUUCGUGUGUGCUAUUUAGAGGCGGUUGGUUCAUGGGAGCGGAGCUGGUUUAGAGGCUCGCCGGCUGUUGAAGCGCAGCAUAGCGUUGAUACUAUUGCAUGUCAUUGCAGCAAUGCAGAUUUCGUAUUUUGAGCUACCUUGUGUCCAUA